AUGAGGGUAGAGACUGUGGCCGAUAAUGGUUGGAACUCGGCGGCCUCUGAGACUACUCCGCUGCUUAUCUCCCAGGAAGAUGGACGCCAGGAUCACGCCGUCUUGAGCGGAUCAGUGGCUAAGGCCAACGGCGACCCUGGCACAGAUGAGGAGGAAUUGAAAGCAAAUGAGGUUGAUGCAGCUAGAGCUGCUCAAUUUGAGGGCCUACCUGAUGCACAAACAAAAUUGAAAUACAUUAUCCCAAGCAUAUCGAUCGGUGUAUUUCUUUCUGCUGCGGACCAGACAAUUAUUGUCGCAAGUUAUGGCAAGAUUGGAAGCGAUCUAAAUGCCCUCAACCUUACUAAUUGGGUUGCUACGUCCUACUUCUUAUCCCUGACUUCGUUUCAGCCGCUCUAUGGACGCCUCAGUGAUAUUUUUGGGCGUAAAGCGUGUCUGCUAUUUAGCUACACUGUAUUCGGGCUCGGGUGUGUUUUUUGCGGUCUAGCCCGAGAUAUUAAGGAAUUGAUUGCUGCCAGAAUCUUUCAGGGUAUUGGAGGCGGAGGAAUGACCACGGUAGUAAGCAUACUUUUAAGUGACAUUGUCCCUCUUCGAGACCGCGGCGUUUGGCAGGGAAUCAUUAAUAUCAUCUAUGCGACCGGGUCCGGGUUGGGUGCACCACUAGGGGGAUUCUUAGCUGAUUCUAUCGGUUGGCGCUGGGCCUUUCUUGCUCAGGGUCCAAUCUGUCUUGUGGCUUUUAUUGCGGUUGCAUUCCUGUUACAUUUACCAGCAAUCGACGAGUCACAUUGGCGAGAAAAGUUAAAACGCGUUGACUUCCUAGGAGCGACAACCCUUGUCUUUGCUGUUUUCGGUUUCCUACUUGGAUUGGAUCGGGGUACCAAUAUUGCAUGGAAUCUUCCUAUAACGAUUGUAUCGUUGACCGUAUCAAUUGCUCUAUUUGCAUUGUUUUUCUGCAUUGAGAUGUGGAUCGCUUCCGAUCCGUUUGCGCCCGGUCAUAUCAUCUUCGAGCGAAGCUUACUUGCUUGUUACUUUGCCAAUUUCUUUAGUUUUGGCUCCUGGCUUGCUGGUAUCUUUUACCUCCCAUUGUUUUUUCAAGCACGUGAAGGUGUUUCUGCCACAGGGGCUGGUCUUAGGCUCCUGCCUUCAAUAAUAGCGGGGGUAAGUGGUUCUCUAGUCGGUGGCUUUAUCAUGAGAAAAACCGGCAGAUAUUUUUGGGUGACAGUUUGGUCGUAUGCCCUGCUCACUGCCGGUCUGCUUGUGAUUUACUUGUUCUCAGGUGCAAUUUUGGACAGCACCAUUGCCAUUAUGAUCGGAAUGGUGAUGUGUGGAUUGGGAAAUGGAGUGGGAGUAACAACAACUUUGAUUGCUUUACUCGCGAACGCAUCCCCAGAGGAUCAAGCUGUUGCUACUGCAUGCUCAUACCUAUUCCGGUCACUGGGCUCUGUAAUUGGAGUUUCCCUUUCCUCUGGUAUUGUCCAGCAAACACUUCGUUCUAGUCUACGCUCAGCUCUCCGGGAUAGCAAGGAUAUCGACAAAAUUGUCAACGGUGUUAGAGAGAGCCUUGAUUAUCUAAAGGCCCUUGACCCUCCUAUUAGGCAGAUCGUGCGGGAAUGUUAUGGCCAUGCUACUAAUAGUAGCUUUGGUUUCAUGGCUGCGGUGGCUUUUUUUUCACUUUUGAGCUCUGCUUUUAUACGCGAGCAGAAGCUUAGCGGCUGAGGGAGAUGGAUCGGAUGAACGAUACUUCGACAAUCUCGAGUCGACGAAAACGGUAUCGUGCCUCAAAUCGGCAGGAUGUUUUGUCCCUUUUCUUCAUAAAUAUGGGGGACUAACCAUUGACUAAAGUCCACGCCUAGAACCUUUACGGUUAUGAGAUUCUUACCGGGAGGUACAUCAAUUCCCUAGAGAGAUAGCUCAGUUCAUAACCUUUCCAAAAUGGAAUACCAUCCU